AUGAAGACCUUUCUCGCUUUAUUAAGCUUCCUAGGCUUCUUUGCCUCAGCAGUGCAUGCUACAGCUCUCACGUACCGACUGGAGGCGCACGAACGAGCAUGCUUCUUCGCGACUACUGAGCACAAGGGGACCAAGAUUGCUUUCUACUUCGCGCUUCAGCUUCCUUCAAUUCGUACGGAAAUUGUCCCUAGACUAAUUCAUGGUGCUUCACAGGUCCAAUCUGGCGGUUCUUUCGAUGUGGACUACUCGGUUGCCGGCCCCAACGAGAAGAUUAUAUUGGAUGGCACCAAGGAGAGGCAGGGAGAUUUCGUCUUCACGGCCAACGAUGUUGGAGAAUAUCGAUUCUGCUUCAACAAUGAGAUGAGCACAUUCGCCGAGAAGACGGUUGACUUCGAGAUUGCUGUCGAAAACGAGUCCCGAAAUGCCCACCUCCCCUCCAAGCAAGGCUCCUCCCCUGAGCAGACCUCCGUGCUCGAAGAAUCCAUCCUCAAGCUCUCCGCCCAGCUCUCCACCAUCUCGCGAAACCAGAAGUACUUCCGCACGCGCGAAAACCGAAACUUCAGCACCGUCAGGAGCACCGAGAAGAGGAUAUUCAACUUCAGUCUCAUGGAGGUCGGUCUGAUGAUCACGAUGGCGGGUCUGCAGGUCUUCAUUGUCAGGUUCUUCUUCCAGGGCGCACGGAAAGGUUACGUUUGA